CGUCGGUUCAGCGCCAAUUUUUGAGCUCUAUCCAGGUCGGAGGUUUCGGGCGGGACGGUAGCACCAUUGAUAGCACUCAUAGCAGCCCCUUGGGCUCGGCAGAAUGACGAGAAUGACCAAGCCUGACUCCCUCCCCUCAACAUGCUUUGAUCGAGCCAAGUUUUCCAGCCACACAGGAGGGUCCUGCAUGGAAGGAGGGAGGGAGCUAGGGAGCAGAAUUGGCAGAGCUCAGCUGAUAGGGAUUGAUGUGGAUCGACGGGAUUGACAUAAAGUACGACACAGACACACACACCAGUAGAAGAUAUUGUGGGUAUCAUCACUUGUAUCAUCAUCUAUUACAUCGCUGUGUUUGUUCCUCCUGGUUACACGUGGUUCCCCCUGGUUUGUCCGGGGUUUUCCUGGAUGCAUCCGAGAGCCUCCUUACCACACUUGAGGAUUACGGCACAGGAAGGGGCCAAAGGAAGGCUCCACUCUCCACCAGGAAAAUGUCUUGGGCCUCUCUCCCCAUGAGAAGGGUCAGGUCGAAGUCAUCUCAAAAUCACAUCACCUCAACAUUGGGAUCGAUUUCGAGUAGGGAUCAUGCACUACGAGAGGCUCGACAUCCGUGCCAAACCGUUCCAAAGUCAAGUACUCGUGCUGUGACUCCCAUUGAUUGGGUUCAUCUAAACAGCGAUCAUGUAUGGACUUCGCGAGGAAAGACCCCUGGUUCCAUUUUCUCGAAUCUGAUCCGAACGACCAACACGGAUGUUCGGAAGUAUUUGAGACGAAAUUCCCGGAUGUGCACCAUUCCCUGGAGUGGCCCUCAGCCAUGCUGGAUCCUUGAAGAUCCCGGAAUUCGUUGGCCAGUCAUUUAUGGUAGUUGUCGGCAUUUCUCGUCUCAACUCCCACCUCAGAAAGCCGAUGAGGUCAAGGCCCCGCCAGGGCAGGCCGCAUCCGACCCGCCCACAUUGAGUAAACGGCAGCUUUUGAAACAAGCUGUGAAGGACUACGGAUCGACCGUUCUCGUAUUCCACGUUGGCAUUUCCUUGGCGUCAUUGGGAGGCUUUUACGCUGGAGUAGCCAGCGGGAUCGAUAUGGUGUCGAUUGUGUCGCAUAUUCCCUUCAUUGGAUCCAAAAUUGCCACGAGCGACAUCGGAACGGGCGCCACUACAUUCGUGGUGGCGUAUGCCGUCCAUAAGUGCUUUGCUCCCGUGAGAAUUAGCAUUACACUCACAUCCACGCCUUUCAUUGUCAAUUAUCUUCGACGUAAGGGAGUGCUGAAAUAAAGCGCAUUUCUUUAAAAUGGA